AUGGGAAUUUCAAUAAUUUUAUUAUUAUUGAUUAUAAUGGCUUUAUUUGAACAUCUUUCAACUUUUCACUUUAACAAUGGACUUAUAUACAAUGGUGAAAUAUUCAAUAGCGAUAAAUAUCCGUAUAUAAUGUUUCUUAAAUUUAAGAAUGGACCUAAGUCGUUUAGUGGUUGCACGGGCUCAUUAAUACAAAAAUUAUUUGUAUUAACAGCAGCUCACUGUUGUCAUGGUCAUGAGGAAAUUGACGUAGAAGUUAGUCAAGGAUCACCAUUAAUUAUUAGCCCUAUUCAUAAGGUGGCCAAAAUACACCAACACGAAGACUAUAAUCCAAAAGUAAAUGUAUUUGCUCCACAAGGAGACAUCUGUGUGUUACAACUAGAAGAACCAUUCUCAAAUAUCACGACAUUUAUGAAAUAUGGUGGCUCGCCUAAAGAUUUUGAUGAUGGCAAAAAAUUGAGUUGUGCAAUGUUUGGAUUUGGUCGUACUGGAGAUAAUAAAACGAAAGGUAAAUCAGGAUACAUGAUGACUAAUGAUGUUGUACAUGGUGAAAAAGCUUGUAAAUUAUACGAAACCGAUGAAAUAAAAAAAUCAUGGAAACAGUAUUUAUGCCUGGUACCAAACGGUCAGUCAACAACAUGUAGAGGAGACAGUGGAGGUCCGAUGAUGUGCGGCGGCAUACAAUAUGGGGUAUGCAGUUUUGGAUUUCCCUACGAAAAAGGUGUAGGUGGAUGUGGUCUUCCUAACCAGCAGGAGAUUUACACGUUCAUAUUCUAUUAUUUAAAUUGGUUGGAUAAAAUAGUAAAACCGAACGAAAAAAAGGAGAAAAAAAAGAAGAAAAAAAAGAAGAAACGAAGUUCUGGAAAUUUGCUUAAGCCACAUCAUACAUUGCAUAUAAUUUUAACAAUAUUAUUAUGUAAUAUGUUAACUUUUAUUUAA